AUAACGUUAUACUACGCUAAUAAAAUAUUAGCUAUGCAUAUAUGUCCCCCCCUCCGCUCAAAUGGCUUGUAUCUUCCUCAAAACAGCACAGGGGCUCCUACAGAAUGAGGAUCUAUGAGAGGGAGAACUUCAUGGGUCAGAUGAUGGACGUGACUGACGACUGCGACUCCAUCAUGGAUCGUUACCGCUGGUCCAGCGGUUGCCACUCGUGCCACGUGAUGGACGGCCACUGGCUCAUGUACGAGCAUCCCCACUACAGAGGCAAGAUGUGGUACUUCAGGCCCGGAGAGUACCGCAGCUUCAGGGACUACGGCAACAUGAACUUCAUGAGCAUGAGACGCAUCAUGGAUUCCUGGUAUUAAAUCAAAAAAAUCUUGUGAAAUCAUGUG